AUGUCCAAAAAAGUCUCCUGGCACGACCAUAUCCUCCCCCCUCUCAACCACUCCAACUCAGAAAUCCGACUCCUCCAAAUCAAACCAGGAUUCCCAGACUCGCCCAUCCGCUGCAAAUUCCACGUCACAACUCUCGACAACAUAGACGUCUCCUAUGAGGCGCUCUCCUACGCCUGGGGAACCGACAGCCAAAAUUCCACCCACGAGGACAUUUACUUUGGAGACAACGACGACGACAACGACGAUGCCCACAAAGUCGGCGUCACCCCUUCGCUGGCCAAUGCCCUCCGCCGGCUGCGUCUGCUCAAUGAGCCACGCCACGUCUGGGCCGACGCGCUGUGCAUCAACCAGGCAGACGACCAUGAAAAGUCACUUCAGGUCAGCAUCAUGGGCCGCAUCUACAGCACCUGCACGCAAGGCGCCAUCUGGCUCGGCCCCCUAGGUGACACUCCCCAAGAUGAUGCCCGAGCAGCGCUAGACACCAUCUCCUGGAUCGCCGGCGAGCAAGAGGCUCCAUCUUGGAUGGAAGUCAGCGAAAGCGAUGAGGAUGAAGAUGAGGAUGAAGAAGACGGUGAUGAAUGUGACGGCGAAGAUGGUGAUGCAGAUGACAAUGGAGUCGAGGAUGAGGAUGAAGCUGGCAAUGAAGAGGAGGAUGGAGACGGCAACCACAGCGAACAAGACAAAGCCGCAAGCCUAAAGAGACAAGCCGCCGCCGCCGCCUUCAAAACCCUCAUCAACGUCCCCUGGUGGUCCCGCAUCUGGACCGUCCAAGAAGCCAUCCUGCCCCCCAAAGCAAUCAUCUACUGGGGCCCCUGCGAAAUCCCCUGGUCCACCCUCGACAAGGCAUCCGACAGCUUCUUCGACGACUCGGCGCCAAACGUGCCCGACGAGUUCUGGCACAACGGCUGCCUCGAGGACCUGACGUCUGCGCUCCGCGGGCUCAACGCCUCGCGCGAGGAAGAGCUCUUCAUGCUACUCUGGCGAUGGAGACAUCGAAAGGCCACGGAUCCGAGAGACAAAGUAUACGGCCUCUUGGGUUUUCGGCAUGACGUCUCUCUCCCCUCGGUGACAAUGUGCGACUACACUGUCGACGUGCGCACGCUGUACCAAAAAGUAACGAUAGACCUCAUCAACAUAAGCACCGAUCUCCAACCCCUAAUGGGUCGCGGGGGUGAGCGCUCUGAAAUCUCAGGCCUCGCCUCCUGGGCCGUAGACUGGGACGGCGUCAAAGAUCCCGCGAAGCGCACCAAAUGCAGCUUCUGGGACCAUCACCACUGGUGGCACUUUGGCGGCUUCACCGCUGAUCGGGGCAUAUAUGGCGUGGGCGAGGGCUUGCGGGUCGAAGGAGACGGCGAUGUCCUCCGCGUGACCGGUCUUCGACUGAGUCCGAUUGCCAUGGUAGAGAACAAUCUCCCAGAAGACAUCGAAGUGUCAGAGGAUGUCACAGUCGCGGCCCUCUACCGUUUGUAUGGCGACCGAUGGGGCGAACUCAUGACCCGGUACCACAAACAAUUUCCGGAUAAGCUAUUCAACGGCGGCAUGACUGCUUUCCUCAGCCUGAUUACUGGUAAUCUGGUGUCAGAUGGAUCCGAAGAUAAUAACGAGUUCGCCGAAUGGGUUCAGAAAAUGCUUCGGACAAAGGCCUUCUUUAUCACCGAGGAUGGGCGGCUUGGACUGGGCCCGCGGAAUAUUCGCCCAGGGUUAGAAUUGUGGAUUGUAGGCGGGUGUAGAAUGCCUAUAAUCCUGAACCCUCUACCAAAAGCAUCAGACGAAGAGGCUGAUGUGAGUCUAACAUUUCACAGCGAAUGCUUUGUGUACGGUAUCAUGACGGGAGAGGCUGUAGAAGGAAGAGGAGGCCAAGUAAUAGAAAUCCUGCUUCGAUGA